GGACGGAGACCGGCGGCGAGAAGCGGAAUCCGGAGUCCAGAACAGCGCGGGGGAGAGGACCGAGCGGCGGCGGCGGCGGCGGCGGUGGCGGCAGCGGCUGGGAGGCUCGGCCGCUGCGCCCGCCCGCAGUGCAUCAGCGUGGCCGCCCUGACAUCUCCGGGAUGGUUAACACGGGGCAUCAUGCACUGGUUAACAGGCUCCGAGCUGCUCAGCGACUUGUUUUAAGCAUUUUCUCCCUCGCUCUCGCUUUUAAUCUUGUCUCUAGUGGCGUGUGUAGGGGGGAGGACUGUAUUUCCAUUGGCUAAGCUCUCCCUUCCCACCCACAUCUCUUCCACAUCACCUUGGUGUCUCCCUAAAUAAAACCAGCCCUCCUUAUCGCCUGGAAAAAAUCAGGAGCUAGAGUUUGAAUGGGUUUUAUAUAAACACUCACCCCCGUCAGCUGGCGGCUGGGCUCUCAGGAUAAACUCACCGCACCUGGCCUGAUGCUCGUCUGGGGUUCUCUCCCUUGAACGGCAAGCUUUAAGCUGAGCUGGAGGACUGGGAACUCUCUGAAAUUUGAUCAACCUGAAGCCAGUGGCGGAACUGCACAGGGUCCCCAUGGACCUCAAGGAGAGCCCCAGCGAGGGCAGCCUGCAGCCCUCUAGCCUCCAGAUCUUUGCCAACACCUCCACCCUCCACGGCAUCCGCCACAUCUUCGUGUAUGGGCCGCUGACCAUCCGGCGUGUGCUCUGGGCCGUGGCCUUCGUGUGCUCCCUGGGCCUGCUGCUGGUGGAGAGCUCCGAGCGGGUGUCCUACUACUUCUCCUACCAGCACGUCACCAAGGUGGACGAGGUGGUGGCCCAGAGUCUGGUCUUCCCAGCUGUGACCCUUUGCAACCUCAACGGCUUCCGCUUCUCCAGGCUCACCACCAAUGACCUGUACCAUGCCGGCGAGCUGCUGGCCCUGCUCGACGUGAACCUGCAGAUCCCGGACCCCCACCUGGCCGACCCCGCUGUGCUGGAGGCCCUGCGGCAGAAGGCCAACUUCAAACACUACCGACCCAAGCAGUUCAGCAUGCUGGAGUUCCUGCAUCGCGUGGGCCACGACCUGAAGGAUAUGAUGCUCUACUGCAAGUUCAAAGGGCAGGAGUGUGGCCACCAAGACUUCACCACGGUGAGUACUUGGCUUUCAGCUUACUCGUGUGCUCGGUCCUGUUGGGAAGAGCCACGCCAGUGGUCUCCUGCUUGUUCCGGGGUCUCCCUGUGCUUUGGAGCAGGGGAGAGGGUAGUUGGCCAGAGUUGUUGGAACUGA